CUUCCGCCAGUUGGACUUCCAGAGCGGGGCGUGUCGGGAAUGGCGACCAAGCGGCUGGCGCGGCAGCUUGGAUUAAUUAGGAGAAAAUCAAUUGCACCAGCAAAUGGAAAUCCAGGAAGAAGUAAAUCCAAGCAGUUGUUUGACUACUUAAUUGUCAUUGAUUUUGAGUCGACAUGCUGGAAUGAUGGGAAGUGCCACCGUACCCAGGAAAUAAUUGAAUUUCCUGCUGUAUUAUUGAACACAUCAACUGGAGACAUUGAGUCUGAGUUCCAUGCUUAUGUUCAGCCUCAGGAACAUCCAAUUCUUUCAGAAUUUUGCAUGGAACUUACAGGCAUAAAGCAGGCACAAGUUGAUGAAGGGGCCCCUCUGAAGAUUUGCUUAUCUCAGUUCUGUAAAUGGAUUCAUAACAUUGAGCAACAGAAGAAAAUUAUUUUUGCUGCUGGGGUUUCAGAGCCUUCUACUUCUGAAAUAAAGUUAUGUGCAUUUGUUACUUGGUCAGACUGGGACUUGGGGGUUUGCCUGGAGUAUGAGUGUAAAAGAAAACAACUGCUAAAGCCUGUGUUCUUAAAUUCUUGGAUUGAUCUCAGAGCAAUUUACAAGCUUUUCUAUAGGCGAAAACCGAAAGGACUAAGUGGUGCCUUGCAGGAAGUAGGAAUAGAAUUCUCAGGACGAGAACAUUCUGGGUUGGAUGAUUCUCGGAAUACUGCGCUUCUUGCUUGGAAAAUGAUCAGGGAUGGUUGCCAAAUGAAAAUUACAAGGUCCUUGAAUAAGGUUUCUGCUAAGAAGAAUCCCAGAAUUCUGGCCACAAAUGUGAAUACAAAUCAAGUUGAAGAAGCAUUUGCCUGCAACAUUAGCAUACAGGAUUCCAGCAUAUAUGAGAGGGAGCCUAAAAAUCCAAUGAAUUCUCAUGAAAAAGUUCAAGUGGAGUCAAUUUGUGUGAAUUCUACUAUAAAAGUACAGCAGGAUCAAUUACCAGCAAAGAAUGUAAAAGCAGGUCUUCACAAUGUCAAAAGCUGCUUUAAGUCCUCUACUUCUCUGGGGCAGUUGCAGUCUCCUACCUUGAAUUUGCCUGUCAAUAUGCAGAAGCAAAGAAAAACUGAGCAUCUUGCAUUUAAUACCAAAACUAAGUCUUCAACAACUGGUUCAGAAUUGGUACUUGUUUCUACCACCAUUUCAUCUGUUAAUCAUGUUUCUGAUACAGAAAUGAGUUCUGCUUUUGACUGUUUACCUAUGUUGACUGACUGGGAGGAUGUAGUUUUACUGCCAGCUUCUCAGCCAGAGCAAAAUAGAGAUUGUACAGUUCCCAUUAGUGACUCAGGCUUAGAUACCUCAAUUAAUUCUGAAGAAAGAUUAAUGGUUUUAAAAGAAUCAGAAAUGCUAAAUCAUGAAAACUUUCAAGACAUAGAAGAAACUCCUCAAAAAUCCGAAAAUUCUAGGUCAAUUGUGUAUAAGAGUCCUCAUACAACUAUUUAUAAUAUAAAAGAAACCAAACACCCAGGUUCAGAUGUUUUUGCCUUUAAAUUACCUGAACACAAAUCAAGUACCUUCCAUAGUGUUAAUGCCAAUGUGUCUUAUCCUUUAGCUUUGGGGAAACAUCCUCUUCCUUUAGGAGGUGUUAAAAGGAGUUCAUCCAAUCCCCCAACUUUCCCACCAGCAAAAAAACAAACCUUCAAUAUUCAUGAAGAAAAACCUACAUCAUCUGAUUGCCCCCCAGUAAAAAUUUCUUCCCAGAAAGUUCACCCCUCUAUAUUAACUUCUACAGUUAACCUACAAGACCCCUGGAGGAGUGGGAAAAUGACACCCCCCUUAUGCAAGUGUGGCCGAAGAUCUAAGCGACUUCUUGUUUCUAAUAAUGGACCAAACCACGGAAAAGUCUUCUAUUGUUGCCCUAUUGGGAAAUUCCAAGAAAAAAGAAAAUGUUGUGAUUAUUUCAAAUGGGAAGAAACAUUUAAAAAGGAAAGAGCCAACAAGGUAGUUCUGUCUCAUUCCAUACAGGGACUCACUUGUAGUUCUUCAGAAACAAGCCAUACUCAUGACAGAAAUUUAGGUUUUUCCACUAAAAAUUCUUUGAGACUCAGGCCUACAAUGAGGAAUUGAUAAACUUUCCUGUAUGAGUCUUAACUAUUCCUUGUGUUCCCAAACAUGAAUAUUCUGGUAA